ACACUGAAAUUUAUAGGAAGCACAGGCACAGAGCAACAAGCGCGCACGCACAGAAAAGCGAGGAAUCAAAGCAUCAAGCCCUUUCUCUGAGCGCCAAUGGCACGGUAUCUUCUCGCCCCCACCUCCUCCACGACCUCCUCUGCUGCGCCUGCCCUCCUCCCCAAGGAUGCCGCCAAGAAAUCGCCGACGUCACGGCCCCUCCGCCUCCGUGCGCUUGGCUCCAGGACCAGCAAGGCGCGGCCCAUCAUGGCGGUGGCGUCGGAGCAGGCCGCGCCGGCCGCCAGGUACCCCAAGGUGGCCGCCCCUACCACCGGCCCGAUCCCGGCCGCCGAGCUGCUCGGAGUCAUCGAGGCCGCUGCAAAAGCUGGCGCCGAUGUUAUAAUGGAAGCUGUUAAUAAGCCACGCAAUAUCCAAUAUAAAGGUGUUGCAGACCUGGUGACAGACACAGACAAGUUGAGUGAAUCAGUCAUUUUGGAAGUUGUCACCAAGAACUUCAAAGACCACCUCAUACUUGGGGAGGAAGGCGGCCUUAUUGGAGAUUCCCAGUCAGAGUAUCUCUGGUGCAUUGACCCUUUAGAUGGAACAACAAACUUUGCACAUGGUUACCCCAGCUUUUCUGUGUCCAUUGGUGUUCUCUUCCGUGGGAAGCCUGCUGCUUCUACUGUGGUGGAAUUUUGUGGUGGGCCUAUGUGCUGGAGCACCCGUACAAUUUCUGCAUCUGCUGGUGGAGGAGCUUAUUGUAAUGGGCAAAAGAUUCAUGUCAGUCAGACAAACAAGGUGGAACAAUCUCUUCUCGUCACAGGUUUUGGAUAUGAACAUGAUGAUGCCUGGACGACCAAUAUAAAUUUGUUCAAGGAAUUUACUGACAUUAGCAGGGGAGUGCGAAGGCUGGGGUCUGCCGCUGCUGACAUGUCCCACGUUGGACUUGGUAUUACAGAAGCUUACUGGGAAUACCGACUUAAGCCAUGGGAUAUGGCUGCUGGCGUCCUGAUAGUUGAAGAAGCUGGUGGGGUGGUAACUCGCAUGGAUGGUGGAGAGUUUACAGUCUUUGAUCGUUCUGUUCUUGUUUCCAAUGGACUUGUUCAUGGACAGCUUUUGGAUCGGAUUGGCCCUCCUACUGAAGAUCUUAAGAAGAAAGGAAUUGAUUUCUCUUUGUGGUUCAAGCCUGACAACUACGUAACUGACUUUUUACAGUUCUUCGGCUCAAGUUUCAGAGUUUCAAGAGCCAAGCUCCUAAAAGAAUACAGCUGUCACAGGAGGCCCAAAACACAACACUGGAUAGAACGAGCCAAAAGAAGAGAUAUUUUGAGCUUGCUCUGCUCGCAGCUCCUGCCGUUCACAGCUCCCAUCCUCUCCAAAACAGCCACAGCUCAAGCAAAAGCACGAAAGCUCAGUGAUAUUUUCCCUGGCUGUUUAGCAGGUCUGCACACUCGUUGCCUAUCGAGAGCGGCGGCGGCCUUCGUCACCCACCCUGUGCUCAUGCUAAGUGUUGAGGCUCAUACAUAUUACUGGAUUGCAAGGCCGAGAUGGAAAUUAUGUGCCUGCAGAAACGUCUUGCAAGAAACAGCCUUACAUGACGCAGAAGUAAAUUCCUACCGCCAUAGUGAGAGGAAGAACAGGAAAAGGGACGGCGCUUACAUUGACAAAGAUGGCGUAGCAAGAACCUUCGACCGAAAGAAAAUAUCUAGAAAGAGGGGGGGUGCUAUCAAAGGCCGUGGUUGGAAGUACGGCUCUGGGUUUGUUGAUGGAGUGUUCCCAGUGUUGAGUCCAAUGGCGCAGGAUAUCCUAGAAUUUGUGCAGAAGGGGACCGACGUCACCAAUAUCUGGGAAUCACUGGACAAAAUUCCUCAAGCACACGAUCUUUGGGAUGACAUUGUCAAUGUUGCAGUCCAGCUCCGCCUGAACCGACAAUGGGAGCCGAUCAUCACAGUCUGUGAGUGGAUCCUGUACCGGAGUUCGUUCCGUCCUGACAUAAUCUGCUACAACCUGCUCAUAGAUGCAUAUGGUCAGAAGCGUCAGCUGAACAAGGCAGAAUCGAUUUACAUGGCUCUUCUGGAGGCUCACUGUGUGCCCACAGAGGACACUUAUGCUCUUCUACUGCGUGCUUACUGCAAUUCUGGACAGUUGCACCGAGCCGAGGGCGUGAUUUCAGAAAUGCAGAAGAAUGGGCUCCCUCCAACUGCAACUGUGUAUAACGCAUACCUGGAUGGUCUACUGAAGGCAAGAUGUUCCGAAAAGGCGGUUGAAGUGUAUCAAAGGAUGAAGAAGGAGCGCUGCAGAACAAACACCGAGACCUACACCCUGAUGAUCAACGUGUAUGGGAAGGCAAAGCAACCGAUGUCAUCGCUGAAAGUGUUCAACGAGAUGAAAACGAUUGGGUGCAAGCCCAACAUCUGCACCUACACUGCCCUGGUGAACGCGUUCGCGCGGGAAGGCCUUUGCGAGAAGGCAGAGGAGGUGUUUGAGGAGAUGCAGCAAGCUGGGCAUGAACCUGACGUGUAUGCCUACAAUGCCCUGAUGGAAGCUUACAGCCGCGCUGGGUUGCCGCAAGGGGCAUCGGAGAUCUUCUCUCUGAUGGAACACAUGGGGUGUGAGCCUGACAGAGCCUCUUACAACAUAUUGGUGGAUGCUUAUGGAAGAGCUGGUCUCCAUCAAGAGGCAGAGGCGGCGUUCCAAGAGCUGAAGCAGCAGGGCAUGCGGCCGACCAUGAAGUCGCACAUGCUGCUCCUGUCCGCGCACGCCAAGUCCGGCAACGUGGCGAGGUGCGAGGAGGUGAUGGCGCAGCUCCACAAGUCGGGGCUGCGCCCGGACACCUUCGCGCUCAACGCCAUGCUCAACGCGUACGGCAGGGCCGGGCGGCUCGACGACAUGGAGCGCCUCCUCGGGGCCAUGGAGCGCGGCGGCGACGACGACGCCGGCGGUGGUGCCGCGCCGGACACCAGCACGUACAACGUGCUGGUGAACGUGUACGGGCGCGCGGGGUACCUGGACCGGAUGGAGGCGGCGUUCCGCGCGCUGGCGGCCCGGGGGCUCGCCGCCGACGUGGUGACGUGGACAUCCCGCAUCGGCGCGUACGCGAGGAAGAAGGAGUACGGGCGGUGCCUGGAGAUCUUCGAGGAGAUGGUGGACGCCGGGUGCUACCCGGACGCCGGCACGGCCAAGGUGCUGCUCGCCGCGUGCUCCGACGAGCGCCAGGUGGAGCAGGUCACGGCCAUCGUCAGGUCCAUGCACAAGGACGCCAAGACGCUCUUCGCAUUAUGAAAUCAACAGGCUUUUUUUUCAUACUGUGCGCUUGUUAGGCUUACCAAUAUCCUGUCGAGUUGUAUUAUUGGUAAACUUUUCUUCUGUUUUCAUAAUGAUGAAAUACGUGUUUCAGCACAGUCCAAAAAAGAGAGUAAAACCUACAUACUGUUUUUAGAAAAAUGUAAGUAGUAAAGAACCAAUUUUUCAAAAUGAAACAAAAUACAAAGCUUAGGUUCCACGGCAUGUUGCAGCGACACAAAAUCAGUCAAGAUCUGUAGUUCAAGUGGACUAUUAAAAAUCUGUAAGCAAGUAAUAGGAUUUGGGUAGAACAGAAAUGCAUUGUUGCCACAACAGUACCA